UAGUAGUACAUGCUACUAAUCCUCUAUAUAAUUACGAAUUUUUAAACAAAUACAAUAUAUUAUCUAGUAAAAUUUGUGAAUAUAAUAAGGGGAUUAUGGGUAGACAUGUGUUUGUGAAAACUUGUAAAUAAUUUAAAAUCCAAGAAUUAAUAAUGCAUUCUCUAUCAUGGACAGGCAGAGUAUUAUCACGUGCUAUAAGAAAUGGACUUUCGAAUCUAUCGAGUGCUACUGAAUUUAAUGUUUCUAAAAGGAAACAUCCUUACUUAGUAUCAGUGGUUUGUGGUUUUCCAAAGGAUAUUGCUAACGGCAGGUCUAAUAAAGGACAGUUUGGUGAUGAUGCGUGGUUUUCUACACAUUUUAACAAUGCAGAUGUUAUUGGUGUUGCAGAUGGUGUUGGUGGUUGGAGAUCAUAUGGCAUAGAUCCUGGUGAAUUCUCAUCAUAUCUUAUGAGAACAUGUGAAAGAUUAGUGAGGAUGGGCCAUUUCAAGUUAUCUGAACCAGGAGACCUGUUAGCAAAAUCUUACUAUGAAUUAUUGGAGCACAAAAAACCUAUUUUAGGCAGCAGUACAGCGUGUGUGAUGAUCCUGGACCGCAACGAGAGCAUUAUACGCGCCGCUAAUAUCGGUGACAGCGGCUACAUGGUGGUGCGGUCAGGGCGUAUCGUCCACCGCUCUCACGAACAGCAACACUACUUCAACACGCCCUACCAGCUCAGUCUGCCGCCGCCCGGUCACGACGGAAAUGUGCUCAGCGACAGGCCAGAAUCAGCGGAGACGGCAGAGUUCAAGGUGGAGUGCGGAGACGUGAUCCUGGUGGCCACGGACGGCGUGUUUGAUAACGUGCCGGAGCCCGUGCUGCUGGCGGAGAUGAGGCGCACGGAGGGCAUGUCGGGGGACGCGCACAAGAUCCAGGCCGUGGCCAACUCCAUCGCGUGGAUGGCCAGGAACCUCUCCUUCGACGGCUGCUACAUGUCGCCGUUCGCGAAGAGCGCGCGCCAGAACGGCAUUGAUGCUAUAGGUGGAAAACCGGAUGACAUCACAGUGCUUCUGGCGGUCGUAGCUUUGUAAUACUAGUUGUGAUUUAGUUAACUUAAUACAAAUGGAUUUUGUUGAAUAUAAUCCAAAUUUUAGUUUAUAAACUUAAGCCAAAAAAUAAGAUCGGUUAGAUUAUAUUAUUUCUUACCUUAUCUGGGUUCCGUAUGCGACCAAUUACGGAAUACAUAGAGUUCAAAUCACACUACACGAAGUGUAAUUAAUAAAAUUGUAAUUGUAAAAUAUUUGGAUGAUGCGGAACCCUAGGUGCGACUCGCACUUGGCCGGAUUUAUUUACCAUUUAAUUCUUAGAUAAAUUUUAUUUCUUAACAAUUGCAAAAAUGGAAGAUGAACAUAAACACUAGUCACUCGGUGUUAUCCACUAUUUUAAUGUGAUGUUGCUGGUUUUAUUAGUUGAGAGUAUUAAAACAACAGAAAGCGCAUAAAGAGAUAUCCACCUAAAUAAAGAUCAGUUAAUUCAAAAUAUUACCAGAGACACAAUUAAUUGAAGAAUUGAGUAGCUUUCUACCUGGGGCUCGUUCAUAACCUAUGGUCCGCGUGUCACUUUUCCCACUAAGGGUUAAGUGACGUUUCGAACGCAAUACGCUCUUUCCUGACCGACUAUUGCAACUUUUACUGAAAUUUAUCCGACACAUUUUAUUAUAAAUAUUUUAAUUACUGAUCCCUUUGCAUUCCAAGUAUAUUGUGAUUUUUGAAAUUUGCAAAGCUUAGUGUUCGACAAACUCGAGGGUACUAGAUUCGCACUAAAAUAAUACUGAUGAUCCUUAAAUCUUAAAAGAUCCAAAAACUAAUUCAGCGAUAGAAUAAAUGAUCUUUCGGUUAGAAAUUAGCCGCGUUCUGUCCACAAGGUGAGUUAAUAGAAGAACGAAACAGCCGCACCGCCUUGACCGUGACCCUAACAGAUAACUUUGGGUCACUUUCGCACACAAAAUUACAAAAUCUACGAGUCACAGAGGCCUAAACCAGUCAAUGCCUUCAUGCCGUGACCGGUUGAUUUAAUACUCUUAACUACAGUAACAUUGAGAUGUAUGUGAUUAAUAGAUAUUAUAAUAAAAUAUGUACAAACGUAUUGUGUGAGUCGGGAAUCUGAUUUUGGGUGAUGUUGAGACGCUUGUCUUGUAUUUAUUUUCUUAAUAGUACAUAAAUAAUCUAGGGAGAAAAGAUGAAUGUUCUUAAACUGUGCUGUGUUAGCUGCCUGUUCCUCUGUGGUGCAAUUUUUUUUUUACACUUAAAACAUGAUUCCCUGAGUACGCACUUCAUAGUAGUACCAGUACCACAGUUGUGGCACUUUUCUUCCGCAAUUCAGGGUAAGCUGUUGAUAUUUUUGUCUAGGUGUGAUUUUUAUUUGGUAUCAACUUGUUAAUCUUUACGAAGAACUACAAAUAUUUAUGGCACACUUGACACAUAUUGUCAGUCCUUGUUUACAGGGCGCACUGACCUCUACUAUAUAGCACUGGACUGGCGGCUGACAAAGUGCUUUUGUGCCUGUUUGAUAUUCGUCAUUUUGGUGCUGUUGGCCAUGUAGCGAGUCUGUUGUACUAAAACUAGUGAUGACAACUUCAGCGAACAUCGAUAGAUGGUAGGGAACUAUUUACAAUAAAAUAUUUGUGUACCAUAUUACGUCGAUUCUUGAAGUAUAAAUAAUACGGAGAACGAAUGAAAUUAAUUCAAAAUACAAAAAUACUUCAGAGUAUUGUACGUUCCUUCGCAGCCAUUUGUAUUAUACGUCAAAAUUAGUUCUCUGGACGCUCGCGAGUGGCGUUUCAAAUAGGCACAAAAAAAAUUGCUCUCAAACACAUGGAACAGCCUGUCCAGUGGUAUUUAUACAUGUCAAGUCGUGACCGGGCGUCACAACGUUCCCUGUAAGGACCUAGAGUGUGAGCGAGCGCGGUAUAUCGGGAAUGUCGCUUCCACGUUUUGUUUCUACGAGCGGCACAAACUUCGAACGUUAAAUAUAAACAAUUACCAAUUUUAGCUUGAAAGUAAAUCUGUGAUCUGACUGUUUCUGAUUAUAACCGUACGAAUGUGAAUACGUAGUUUGUCAGUCAGCAUUUUGUUUAUUUAUUAGUAUAUUUUAUGUAAUAGUGUUUUCAAGAAGCUGUUGAUAUGAUUUAAUGUUGAUUUGAGUGUCCUUAAGGUGGAGAUUGAUUUGUAAUAUUUUGGUGUAAUGUAUCGAAUUUUUGUAACAAAAACAAAAGACUGGCUUGUAACGUUAGUUUUUAAUAUUGGCUGUCAGUUUUUUAGUUAAUCCCAUUGAGUGUAUAUUACAAGUCACUCAGUGCACGUCAUAUCGUCGCGAGAGCUAGACGCAAGCGCAAAUCCAUCUCGUUUUUCACUCAAGAUUUUCAAUAAGUAAAAUGCAAUGGGACAACGGAAAAACCCUUUUAUAGACAAAAAUCUUUGAUGAUUUUUUUGUGAUGUGAAUUUGAGAAUGGCUUAGAUUCUCAAUUCAGUCCAUAUAUAAUUCUCAUGCCCAAGUGUAUGUUCUUGUAAUCCUCCUAACGGCUGGACCGAUUUUUCAAAUUUAAGACGUGUGUACAGGACGUCUGUCGGGUCCGCUAGUAACUUAGUAAAAUUAAUGAAGCACUUACAACCUCUACGUCUGACAUUAUGAGAAGAAAUGGAGCACACCUGAGCCAAGAACUCGAAUAAUACAUUACAAACAAACGGUACAGUUCAGUCUCCACCUUUAGAUUUUGCAUUAUAACUUUCUUUUCUGAAUGACUAUAGAUAGAGAUUUAAAUAAAUUUUAGAUUUUUGAAUCGAAAACGUAACUACUUUAGUGUGCGCGGAAGCGCUAGACACUGCCUGAGAUAUGUGAGCAGCAGGGCGGGGGAGGUAGACAACCGUCAAGCUAACUCAUUCUACCGUCGACCAUAUAUUAUAUCGUGUGCGUCUUGUCAAUCGCGCCCUCCCCCGUCUCACCACCCCAUAUACCUCGGAAGGUGACUAGCGCUUCCGCGCUCACUAUUGUACGGAAUAGUGCGGCAGAUUCUAUUGUCAGCGACAGAGGCGUACAAAUACUUAUAUUUUACUGUACAAUAGAGAUUAAACUGUUAGUUUUAUUAUAAUGGCCCAAUUGAUGUGAUUUUAUGACCUAUCAUUAUCUAUGUUUAGAUAAUACUUGAAUUUAUGUUUGAAUGAAGACUGAUUCUAGUGUAACUGUGUUGUUGUCGAGAUGUUACGAAAUUUUCUCGAGAUUUCUGUUUAUAUUUGACAUUGUUGCGUACUUUUAUCACAAACGUUUAAUAUUUUUUUCCCUUUGAUCGUUUAUACGUUUAGAUAGACUGGGCUGUAAAUAAUUUCCAAAAAAAUUACAUUGAGAUAACCAGUUCAGCACUAACACAUUGUGACAUACAGCGAGUGUAAGACGUAGCUUGUCUCGCACACUAAAGUAAUAAACGUGGCCUGUUUUCAUCGGUUGUCGAGCAGUAAGAGGCUCUGUCCAGAUGUAUAAAUUAUCUAAAAAAAAAUCUUUUACAGCAUAAUAGAGAGGAUGAUAUUGGAUGGAUUGAUUUUUUUAAAUCAAAUUGUUUCGAUUGACAGUACACUACAUGCUAGAAUGUGACAAUAUGUCAAUGUUAUGUCAUUUUCACUUUGUAACUGUCAACUUCAUACUAUUCGGAUGACUGCCUCAAUGUGACACCUAUAGAAAGAGAAUAAAAUAGUCAUCUUUAGCCUGGUCACUACAGUAAAAAAUUACAAAAGAUUAAAGACUAUUUUCUUACUACUUAAAGUAAUCUGGGCCAUACAUAUAAAUUUUGGUAUACCGGAUGUAAGCCGGUCCUUGUUUUGUCUUCACUCUUCAUUGUGUAUUUAACGUAAGCAUUAUGAAGCUUCUUCGACUCUUUAAAAUAAUCUGAUUUGUAUGGGAAAUUGUUUUAUAUUUAUGUUUUGAUUGUUCAAUAUCAAUGUACAAUUUAUGUAAAUUAUGUAGAAGAAUUACAAAUAAAUUUUUAAAUUAAA